AGAUGUGCUUAAGGUGAGAAAUUAAAGACAAAGAAGAUGGGCUCCUUUGCUUUUGUUGUCAUCCAUUUUUUCUGAGGAGGUAAAUGUGAAUUAUGUGCUUCAUAUUAUGUGCAGAACAGAUGCAUUGUCUUUGAACAAAAGGGAAAAAAACAAAGAAAAAAGGCACUAUCGAUGGAUUUGAGAUCUUCUGUAUUAUUUCAUGGUCUUCAAGCUUUCACGUGCAAAAUACAGAUAAUGGAAAAAUAGAGAGAGUGUUAAAGAAUUGUUUUUAUGAUCUGCUGGGACCUGUUCAGCAAUUUAAUGCUCUUGAACCUGACAGCCUAUUCUGUCAUGGUCUCAUAGUUUAUUCCUCAAAUCCACCCACUGUCCCUGGAAUACCACUAUGAACCUGACCCCAGAUCAGCUGCCAACCCAGCUCUUCAGUUCAUUGGACGUUCAACGUGAGCCUCAAAACCGGACUAGGUAUGGUCCAGCCAGCCUCUUCAACAGCACCUUCUUCUUUCAGGAUAAUGCAGUUUUAGAAUGGCAGCUGUUCCUGACCAUCCGAGAGCCUGGCACCAUUAUCUUGACUGUCCUUUACUCUGUUUCCUUCCUUGUGGGUUUCUUUGGAAAUGUCAUGUCCCUUAAAAUCCUGUUGGGUCAAAAUGGAAGUGUGCGUCUGUCAGGUGCAAGUGCAACUCGCUGUCUGCUGAUAAACUUGGCGGUGUGUGACCUGGCGGUAGUUUGCGUGUGCAUGCCCGUCACCCUGGGUCACCGCAUCUAUACGCCAUGGAUAUACGGGGACUUUCUGUGCCGUGCUGUGCCCUUCACGCAAGCCGUGUCGGUUUCUGCCAGCGUCCUGAGCAUCACAGUCAUCAGCAUUAGCCGGUACUAUGCAGUUCACUCGCCACUACAAUCCCGUGCCUACUUCACUCGUCGACGCAUCCUUGUCUCCGUCACUGUUGUGUGGCUAAUCUCCUCAGUGAUCUGCAUGCCAGUCGCCAUAGUAACCCGCCGUGAUGAAGUAGCUUUGAUUGAAGGGCUUGCCAUCGUACUGCCCGUAUGUGGAGAAGUGUGGCCUCAACCAUGCUUGCGUCAAGCAUACAAUGUCCUGCUCUUCAGUGCCCUCUACUGCCUCCCUGUUGCAUUUAAUUUAACCCUAGCCUUCUUCACAUGUCGCCGGCUUCAGGGCACUGGCAACGAGGGUUGGUUCACAGAGCUGGAUCCCCGCUCACAGGCACUUCAUAAAACAAGACUGCAGGGACGUCGACAAAUCGCUCGUAUGGUCGCAGCUUUGGUGCUGCUUUUUGCUCUGUCCUGGUUGCCCAUGUAUGUGGCUGAUAUGUGGCUGGACCGUAAGCUACGCCAUCCACCGGACUGGCUACUGCAGGCCAGGCCCUUUGCACAGUGGCUGGGCCUCACCAACUCUUCUCUAAACCCCUUCUGCUACUGUUUCAUUGGAGACCUCCAUCGCUCAGCCAAGGCUUUGCGUCUGCGCCUCAUUGGCCCAUCGUCUGCCUCAGCACUGGCACUAGCUUCGCUCCCCAAAGUCUUCCACCUGCAGAAUCAAGAGAAAGAUCCAGGGGAUACCACAGACAACUCAAUCAACUCCUGUCGGGAGGAUGCUGGGAAUCUGAGUCUGUCUUUGUGGUGGACCCAAGCUAGAACAUGUGAGUCAAUGAGUUUACCAUACCACCUAGGAAUGAUGGAAUCAACCAUUGUACUUGAUACAUAGCAAAACUGAUGCACUGCUUAUACAUUUUCAUUCAUAAAUAGAGACGGAAGGUUAUGCUUUGUAUUAUUUGAUUCAUGACCUGGAUUUGAAAAACUGGAUUUCAAUUAAUGUUUUCACUCUUCAAAGAUAUAAGAAAAAAAAAUUGCAAUCUAGAACUGUGGAUUACUCUGAUAUCUUGUCAGUUCUUA